AUGGCGGCCGAGCUUCGUCUUCCGGGCCGCGCGAUUAGCGCAGGACCCCCCCAUCCCCACCCCGCACGGGGGAAGCGCGCCUGGGAUGGAAGCGGGGACCCCCGCACUCCCCGGCGGGGAGCAGGCCCCGGGUCGCCCGACGGGCGGGCGGGCGAGCCGGCGGCCUCCGGACUGGUUCCCUGCACCCGGGCCUCGCGGCGGGGUCAGGGCCCAAGCCCAGCGGACGGUGGGGGGGUGGGUCGGGGUGACAACUCGGGGAGCCGGGGCACUGCGGGGCGGCGCCGCUCCCGGGCCCCUGCAUUCCGGAAAAUCACUGCGCCCCAGUCGUCCCCAGCCCUCCCUGCCCCCACCUCUCCUCCUUUCCGUUCCGUUCCCUCCCCCGCAGCUCACAAGGAGGCGAGUGUUCGAGGCGGGGGAGGGGACGGGAGGCCGGAGAGCACGCCGCCCGGAGAAACCCGAGACGGGGAGGCCGGGAGGCGGGGAGGGAGGCGAGCUCCGCACCCCGGGGCGCAGAGGGGCAGCCCAGAGCCCCGCACGCACCCAGGCCGCGCGCCCCCCAGAAUCGAGGCCCGGGAGCCUCGAUCACGCCAUGUGACGGCGGCGAGCCCGCCACCUUCGACACAAAGGGAGCCCGGGGGAGUCCCUGGGGAGGCGGGGGAGCCGGCGCCAGGGAACCGCGGCCGGUCACAGCCGGAGCUGCCAAGGCCAAAGCCCGCGCGCACCCCACGACCCCCCCACCGACCCCCACGCUCCCACUCCAGCCUACCGGGGCCGCCCUCCCCUCCCCCGUCCAAAAAAAAACCCAAAAAGCAACAACGAUUCCCAUCUCACCUGGCUCGAGGUUGCUGUCCCCCACCCCGGGGCCGAGUGCCGGGGGGCCCACGCCACCCUCGCCCCGGUGCCCUCCGACGGGGACGCAGGCACGAGGUUGGCCAUUCCCCUCCCCCACGGCGGCCCUGCCGGGCUGGCCCCGGUCCACGCGCCCAUUGGCUGUCAGGUGUCUGAGAGACAACUCCUGCCCCCCCUUGGGGUUCUAUUUUCCGCUCACGAACCCCAAGAAUUCUCCCCACUCCCCACCUUUAACUUAACGCGUGUAAGCGAGUGACGGCGUCCCCGCCCCGGGGGCCCCUGCUCACCUGGAUCCGGGAGCCGCGGGGGGGGGAGGUGGCCUCCAAAGUCGCCCUCC